AUGUCUUUAACACCUCAAAUUUUGUUAUCAACUAUUGCCCGUGAGCGAUGUGUGGCAAAUAUAAAAGAGCUUCCUGCGUUCUCUUUCAACAGCGGAAAAAUUAAAGAGAAUGCCUCUGUAUUGGUGCCUUUAUGUGUGCAGAACGGAGAAGUGUUCCUUGUAUAUACACUUCGAUCGUCGAAUUUAAAAAAUCACAGUGGACAGGUAUCAUUCCCUGGGGGGAAAAGAGAUCGAGGUGAGACUGUUGUGGAAACAGCAUUGCGUGAAACUGAAGAGGAAAUAGGAAUUUCUCGCGAGAAAAUACACAUAUGGUGCGAAAUGCCUCAAGUCCAGGGUCGAAACAAAGAUAUACUUAUAACUCCAGUUGUUGGCGAAAUUUUAAAUUAUGACCCUCUCACAUUACGUCGUAAUGUGGAUGAAGUAGAUGAAAUUUUUACUGUUCCCAUGAAGAACUUUUGUGAUGUUAGAAAUCAUGCUCACCUAAAGUUUGAAAAGCAUAUUCUUCCUAUUUUUUUGUAUGAAAAACACAAAAUAUGGGGUAUAACAGGACUUAUAACUCAUUUAUUUUUGCAGUGUUUUUUACCUCCUGAUGUUUACAAUGUUGAUUUUUUAAGAAAACGAAUUGAGUUACAAGAACUUCAGUCUUCAAAACUUUAA